GAUACAUUCAAGGUUGACCCCUCCGACGAGACGGCUGUUAAGGAUGCUCUUGGUGGACAGUCUCUGGCCAGCAUCUACAGCGUUUAUGAGAAGCUGCGGAACAAGCCCGCUGCCGGCGGUGCUACGACGGAGGCGAAGCCCCAGAGCGGCGCUCCCACCCCGGAAUCCGACAAGCUGAAGUCGGAAGGAAACGCUGCCAUGGCGCGCAAGGACUACAGCGGUGCGAUCGACUUGUACACCCAGGCUCUGGCCAUCGCCCCCUCGAACCCCAUCUACCUCUCCAACCGGGCCGCUGCCUACUCCGCCGCCGGACAACACGAGAAGGCGGUCGAGGACGCGGAGCUUGCCACCGCCGUCGACCCCAAGUACUCCAAGGCCUGGAGCCGUCUGGGUCUGGCUCGUUUCGACCUGGCCGACUACCACGGUGCCCUCGAGGCCUACGAGAAGGGCAUCGAGGCCGAGGGUAACGGCGGCAGCGAGGCCAUGAAGCGGGGUCUGGAGACCACCAAGAGAAAGAUCGAGGAGUCGAAGCGCGGUGCGGAGCCCCCCUCUGACGCCGUAGAUGAUGCCGCUGGCGCGUCUCGCGGUGCCGGCGGUAUGCCCGAUCUCUCUUCCCUGGCUAGCAUGCUCGGAGGCGGCGGCGGCGGCGGCGGCGGCGGCGGUGGUGGCGGUAUGCCCGAUCUUAGCUCUAUCAUGAGCAACCCCAUGUUCGCCAGCAUGGCCCAGAACUUGAUGAGCAACCCCGAUGCGCUCAACAACCUCAUGAGCAACCCCCAGCUCAGACAGAUGGCUGAGAAUUUUGGCCGCGGAGGUGGCAUGCCCGACAUGUCUUCUUUGAUGAGUGACCCAAGCAUUGCCGAGAUGUAGGUCCUUUUCCGAUUAUUGCUUAAAUUGGAUAGACACUAAUG